UAUAUAUAUGUGUGUUAAAGAGAGCCGAUGAGUUAGCUGGUUGCCAGGACAACAGUGCUAGUCAUGUGACCAGGAUGCUGCUCCAGGCUGAUUUGACGUCAAGCUAUAGACUGAGCUAGAGAGAGAGAGGAGGAGUGCGCUGCUGGAGCUGUUGGGUAGCAGACUGUAUUUGCAUGCACUAGAGGCGGUGAAACAACAUUUUACCUGUCUCCAUCACUGCGUGUUUUUUUUGUGUGUAUAGAUAUACACCUUUAUUUUUCCAAUCAUAGUGCAUUCCUCCUCCCCACUGCUGGGUCAGGUCCAAUGCCGGGUCCUACCCAAACGCUGUCCCCAAAUGGAGAAAACAACAACGACAUCAUUCAGGAUAACGGGACCAUCAUUCCUUUUAGGAAGCACACGGUGCGAGGUGAACGCUCUUACAGUUGGGGGAUGGCGGUCAACGUGUAUUCUACCUCGAUAACACAAGAGACUAUGAGCAGACAUGACAUCAUUGCUUGGGUCAAUGACAUAGUUUGCUCAAACUACACGAAGGUUGAGCAACUUUGUUCAGGUGCUGCCUACUGUCAGUUUAUGGACAUGCUGUUCCCAGGUUGCAUAAGUUUGAAAAAAGUCAAGUUUCAAGCCAAGUUGGAACAUGAAUACAUACACAAUUUUAAGCUGCUGCAAGCCUCAUUUAAGAGAAUGAACGUCGAUAAGGUUAUUCCAGUGGAAAAACUGGUAAAGGGACGUUUCCAAGACAACCUGGAUUUUAUUCAGUGGUUCAAAAAGUUCUUUGAUGCCAACUAUGAUGGCAAAGAAUAUGACCCCAUGGAAGCCAGACAAGGACAGGAUGUUCUUCCACCUCCUGACCCCGGUGAACAGAUCUUCAACCUGCCAAAGAAAUCUCAUCAUGCCAACUCCCCAACAGCAGGAGCUGCAAGAUCAAGUCCAAUUGCAAAACCAGGGUCCACAUCAUCUCGCCCAUCGUCAGCAAAAAAAGCAACACAUAGUCCAUCAGUAAAAAGCGACAAAGAUUUGGAAACACAGGUCACACAGUUAAAUGAACAGGUACAUUCGUUAAAACUUGCCCUUGAAGGCGCUGAGAAGGAACGAGAUUUCUACUUUGGAAAACUUAGGGAAAUUGAGCUACUCUGUCAGGAACAUGGGCAAGAAGGAGAUGACCUUGUCCAGCGAUUAAUGGAUGUCCUGUAUGCAGCAGAAGAACAGGAUGGACACACAGACCACCAUGAAGGGGAGGAGCAUGACCAUGUACAGGACGAGGCACAACAACAAGAUGAAUACUGACCCAGACCUUCCAUGCACCUCACUGUUGUCAUUUCACGUGGAACUUUCUUCCAGAUGAGCAAUGUGUGGCCACUCACACUCGGCACACCAUUACCAUGUAUUGUACUAUAGUGAGCGCCAGCGAACCACUGCAUUCUCUACAGAUUCCUUUCCCAAGACGUGUUUACAGAAGUGGUGUCCCGGCCUGAGCAAAACUAAAACGUGUGGAGCUAUUGUGCAGCAGCUUGUACCACUUGACUGUUUCAUAUUCUUUCAUUGUCUUUUCCCAUUUUUUUUUUCUAUUUAUUUGUAAUUGAGCUAUCUCCUUGUUUUCCAACUGCUUGCGUAUCAUUGUAAUAUCGUACAAUAUUUAUAUUUCCAUGUCAUGAUAAGGAGACUUCACAACAACGUAUCACGAAUGUAAAAGUGCUGAGUCAAACUACACCUGUCCAUUGUUACGUAUCAGGUUCAAUAAGCAAAAAAAAAAAAAAGAGGCGGAAGUGUUAUUUUAGGGGAAGAACUUUUCAUGACUUUAUAAAUUGCACUCAAUAGAUGGAGAAUGAGUCACCUCUUUCAUGUGCAUAUAUCCAACUAGCAGUCACAGAUUUCACAGUGAAAAAGAGUUGAAUCUCAUUAGAUCCACUGGUACACCUCUCUUCAAAUUAAUUUUCAGCUAAGGAAAUGCUCUUGAUCCCUGUACAAGUCAUGUUUCCAUGGAACCAAGUCUCUUUCUAAGGCAAAUGAGAAUAGAAAUAGAAUCCUUGUAAACUUACAUCACUCCCCAACAGGCAGACAAAGUUUAUGUUUUUGUUUCAAAUAUACAUUUUAAUAAUAUCAGUUUUGCUUUUAUAUUGUGUUGCUAAACUGAUCUAUAAUUAUCCAGCAAUAUACAUUAUAUUAUUCAGUUGCAGGACAAUGUAGGGGAACGCCACAGUUGGUCAUCUCUGGUACUCCCAGUGGUUUUGAAAGGUUUUUUCCCCACCACAUUUAGGGCUAGAUUACAAGUGGAAUGUUAUUUAUGCGCACCUGUAAAUGGGCAAAUUCGCUAGUUUACGGGCGCACAAUAAAUAACCAGCCAUUAAAAGUGGCUGGUUAUUGCUACUGCAUGCUAGUGCUCAUAAAAUUAACCAGAGGUCAGACAUCUGGUUAAUUUUCAAAAUGUACCCCAAUUGCCCCCUAAAUAAAGUGUUAACUUCUAUAAUAAUAAAAAAUAAAAAUAGCAUUUUUAAUGAAAUAACUGCAUGAAGACAUUAUGAGGGUUUAAAGUUGGCGGGUGUGAGGUGUUAGAAAAAAGUCACUGAAAAAUGCCUUUACAUAGUGGUCUAUGGGAACUGUGUGUUCCCAGUAAAUAUAUAUGUAUAUGCUUAAUACAUAAAUAGUUACGUGUAUAUACACAUAUUAACACACAAAUAUAUAUGUAUAUGCUUAAUACAUAAAUAGUUACGUGUAUAUACACAUAUUAACACACAAAUAUAUAUGUAUAUGCUUAAUACAUAAAUAGUUACGUGUUAAUAUGUGUAUAUACACAUAUUAACACACAAAUAUAUAUGUAUAUGCUUAAUACAUAAAUAGUUACGUGUUAAUAUGUGUAUAUACACAUAUUAACACACAAAUAUAUAUGUAUAUGCUUAAUACAUAAAUAGUUGUGUAUAUACACCUAUUAACACACACAUAUAUAUGUAUAUGCUUAAUACAUAAAUAGUUACGAAAUAGUUACGUGUUAAUAUGUGUAUAUACACAUAUUAACACACAAAUAUAUAUGUAUAUGCUUAAUACAUAAAUAGUUACGUGUUAAUAUGUGUAUAUACACAUAUUAACACACAAAUAUAUAUGUAUAUGCUUAAUACAUAAAUAGUUACGUGUAUAUAAACAUAUUAACACACAAAUAUAUAUGUAUAUGCUUAAUACAUAAAUAGUUACGUUUAUAUACACAUAUUAACACACACAUAUAUAUGUAUAUGCUUAAUACAUAAAUAGUUGUGUAUAUACACCUAUUAACACACACAUAUAUAUGUAUAUGCUUAAUACAUAAAUAGUUACGUGUAUAUACACAUAUUAACACACACAUAUAUAUGUAUAUGCUUAAUACAUAAAUAGUUACGUGUAUAUACACAUAUUAACACACAAAUAUAUAUGUAUAUGCUUAAUACAUAAAUAGUUAUGUGUAUAUACACCUAUUAACACACACAUAUAUAUGUAUAUGCUUAAUACAUAAAUAGUUACGUGUAUAUACACCUAUUAACACACACAUAUAUAUGUAUAUGCUUAAUACAUAAAUAGUUAUGUGUAUAUACACCUAUUAACACACACACAUAUAUAUGUAUAUGCUUAAUACAUAAAUAGUUACGUGUAUAUACACAUAUUAACACACACAUAUAUAUGUAUAUGCUUAAUACAUAAAUAGUUACGUGUAUAUACACAUUAACACACAAAUAUAUAUGUAUAUGCUUAAUACAUAAAUAGUUAUGUGUAUAUACACAUAUCAACACACAUAUAUGUAUAUGCUUAAUACAUAAAUAGUUAUGUGUAUAUACACCUAUUAACACACACAUAUAUAUGUAUAUGCUUAAUACAUAAAUAGUUACGUGUAUAUACACCUAUUAACACACAAGCAUAUACAUAUAUAUGUAAUACAUAAAUAGUUACGUGUAUAUACACAUUAACACACAAAUAUAUAUGUAUAUGCUUAAUACAUAAAUAGUUGUGUAUAUACACAUAUUAACACACAUAUAUGUGUAUUUGCUUAAUACAUAAAUAAUUAUGUGUAUAUACACAUAUUAACACACAAAUACAUAUGUAUAUGCUUAAUACAUAAAUAGUUACGUGUAUAUACACAUUUUAACACACAAAUACAUAUGUAUAUAAGCAUAUACAUAUAUAUUUACAAUCUACUGCCCAUCGUUGCACAACUUACCCCCUUCGCUGCGCUAGUUCUAAUGCUGUGUCACAUUGCAUGAGAACAAGGCUCACAUUGGAGCCUAAGGAAGCCUGCUCUCGUGAGCGCAAAGCUUCUGUGCAAUGUGAACGCAAGGUCGCAUUCACAUUGUACCUAACUUGUAAUAUCAGCCCACAUUUGCAUGCGCUGGUAUUACUCAGUGGAGCACUAAUGCGAUAUUUUGCGCUUCUUUUAUAAUCUAGCCCUUAAUGUUCACUUUGACCUAUCAUUUAUUCUGAACGCAACCCUUGCAUUCUGGCAGAGGAUGCUUUUGAUUUAACAGCUAUGAUGAGUACAGAGAUGGUAUAAUGUAAUAUAUAAUAACAGUUUAUUAUAUAUUAUACUACUGUAAUUCCUUUUUUUGUUGUGGUAAACUACAAAUAAUGAACCUUCUACAGGAAAUUCAUGUGUGGAUAAAUGCAUAUUCUCAUUUACUUGAUCUUAGCUUAAUUAUAUUGUAUAAUGCAAUAAUUACAUUAUGAUAAUAGCAAUACAGUACAAAUGAACUAUAUCUCAUCAUAAGUAAUGAACUGUAAAGAUAUAUGUGCAGUAUUAAAGAACUAUGUUAAGCCAAUUUUUGCAAGAUUUGCCGCAUUUGAUAAGAUUAAUGAUGGAGGGAUAUUUCCCUACAUCCUCCGGUCAGUAUAAAUACACAUUUUUGAGUAAUUGAUAUUGCAAAUUGCCAUCCCCAAAACAUUGAGUAUCUCUAUUUGACAAUUAACCUGCACAUUUUCUAAAAUCCAGACAAAGCCAAUUUGUACAUAUAUAAUAAGUAAUUGAGAAUGUGUAGCUGUGGAUCAGACUUUCACUUUUCAGUUUGAAGCUAUGAAAAUCAUUCUGAUUUCAGAAAGUUGUUUUUAUUUUUCAUUUUUUAUGAUUUUACUGGGUAGUACAGCGACAGAAAAGCUAUAUAUUAAAUGUAAACUGAAAGGAAUGUAAACAUAUGUAUUGUUAAAUAUAAAUAGACAAGUAAUGAAGUCCUGAUUAGAUGGAAUAAGUCUUAUGCAGAUGUAUCACACUCAUGUUACCGUACUCAGAACUUGUCGCAUGAUAGAGUAGUUUUUUUUUUGUCUCUGAAUAUGUGAAUAACUUGCGUUUAUCAUAUUACAUAUUUAAUAAAAAAGAAAAAAGGUAUAUGUUACAAAAUAUGCCAGUUUUACCAACUA